AUGUGCCAGAACCCGUUUGAGUUCGGUCGAGGGUUGAAGCAUCUGAGAGAGGUCCAAAAGAGAAGCGUUACAAUGUCACAUGGAUAUCACGAAUCCAUACUCUCUUGGACAACAGAGUUCCAUCUACAGCGUGACGACUGCUUCCCAGUCAUGUUUGCUCAAAGAGACAUUUUCAAUGCUGGAUCGAAGACUGAGAGCGUAAACUGUCGUGUGGUGAGCAAGCAUAUAAAUAUAUUAGUGCUUCAAGGAACCAUCAUCGAUCGUAUUGGGUCCAUGUUUCCAGAUUGGGGGAGAGGCAUGUUCUCCCGAUCCAAAGAUCUGACAAGGCAAGACCGAUGUCGAGUUGACUCUGUCCUUCAGCACACCGGCCUCCGCGACGGCCGACACGGGUACUCAGCACCGCACAUACUGCACUUAAUUUAUGAGGGUAGGGCCGAAACCCCUGAAUACGUUCCCCCAACUAGUAAGAAUGCAGCCAAGCCUCCGAGAGACCCCGAAAGCCCUACCCGAGCAUUCUGGCGCACUGUGGUUAAAGACUGCGCUGCACCUCUUAGAAUGCGCCGGCUGACGACAGAGGGGAUUGAGGAGCUGGACACGAUGAAUUUAUACAACAUCAAAGCUGGAGAGCUCCCUCGCACGUGUAUUGCUACGGGCAGUCCCGAUGCUCCAGAUGCGAAAUUAGAGCCCAUCGAGCUACCUUAA